UGACGUCACGGGGAGGUGUCGCGAGUCUCCUGUAACGAGGAAGCGCUCUCUCUGCAGCUGUACUGCAAUGACUAGCUGAUUUACACAUAAUUAUAUUCACAUUUGUGUUUCUUUUAUACAUCGGCUUUCGCCGUAACACCAAGAAAAAAUGGCAGACACCGGAAACCGUUUGCGUAAGUUGCUGGAAUCCCCUAAUUUUGACCCUCAGUCGUACGUGAAGCAGCUCUCGCAGCAGUCCGACGGGGACCGAGAUUUACAGGAACACCGUCAGAAAAUACAAACACUCGCCGACGAAACUGCACAAAACCUGAAGAAAAAUGUUUAUAAAAACUACAGGCAGUUCAUUGAGACAGCCAAGGAGAUUUCAUACCUGGAAAGUGAGAUGUAUCAGCUCAGUCACAUUCUCACCGAGCAGAAGAGCAUAAUGGAGAGCAUUACACAGUCUCUCCUAUCCACAGAUAAAGACGAAACAGCCAAAGAAAUGCUCACAGCCUUCCCAAAGGAAACAGAAGAGGUCAAACAAAGAACCCUAACCACGCUUUUGGAAAAAGUGGAGGGAUGCAAGAACAUCAUGGAAACCCCCGGCAGAUAUUUGGUCUACAAUGGAGAUCUUUUGGAGUAUGACGCAGACAACAUGUCACAGAUCCAAAAGGUCCAUGCGUUUCUGAUGAACGACUGCCUGCUAAUCGCAACCUGGCUGGCGAACAGACGCGGCGCUGUGAAAUACAAGUACAGUGCGUUGUACGACCUGGAAAGCUUUGCGGUUGUAAACGUAAAAGACAACCCUCCGAUUAAAGACAUGUUCAAAAUCCUCAUGUUCCCUGAUAGCCGCAUCUUCAAAGCUGAGAACAGCAAGAUCAAGAAAGAGUGGCUGGAGAUCCUGGAGGAAACAAAGAAAAACAAAGUGGCGAAAGACAAGCACACAAAGGAAGAGGAGGUGCCGACGUCGCCGGUCAGGCAGGACAUCUCCACGAACCCAUUUGAAGAUGACGAACCACUAGAUUCAGAGGAACUGGUGGAUCUGAGUCCCGAAUGGAUCCAGGAGCUUCCGGAAGACCUUGACGUUUGCAUCGCUCAGAGAGACUUCGAGGGCGCUGUUGAUCUUCUAGACAAGCUAAACGAAUAUCUGAAGGAGCAACCGGUGAGCCCGCGGGUGAAGGAGCUCAGGGUCAAGGUGGAGGAGCGCGUUCGGCAGCUGACGGAGGUCCUGGUGUUCGAGCUCUCGCCCGAUCGCUCUCUCCGCGGAGGACCUAAAGCCACACGGCGAGCCGUAUCCCAGCUCGUCCGCCUGGGCCAGUCCACGAAAGCCUGCGAGCUCUUUCUGAAGAACCGAGCCGCGGCCGUCCAAACCGCCAUUCGCCAGCUUCGCAUCGAAGGAGCCACGCUGCUAUACAUCCAAAAGCUCUGCAACAUCUUCUUCACGAGCCUGCUGGAAACCGCCAGGGAGUUCGAGACGGAUUUCGCGGGCAACACCGGCUGCUACUCCGCCUUCGUGGUCUGGUCUCGUUCGGUGAUGAAGAUGUUCGUGGACGCCUUCAGCAAGCAGGUGUUCGACAGCAAAGAGAGCUUGUCCACCGCCGCCGAAUGCGUGAAGUUCGCGAGCGAGCACUGCAAGCAGCUGAGCGACAUCGGCUUGGACCUGACCUUCAUUUUACAGUCUUUGCUCGUGAAAGACAUCAGGGCGGCGCUGCAAAGCCAGAAAGACAUCAUCAUAGAAGCGACCAAGCAUCGCAACUCUGAGGAGAUGUGGCGCAGGAUGAACCUGAUGACUCCUGAAGCCCUGGCCAAACUCAAGGAGGAGAUGCGGAGCUGCGGGAUCGGCGGCUUCGACCAGUAUACGGGAGAAGACUGCUGGGUCAACCUGAGCUACACCAUCGUGGCCUUCACCAAGCAGAUGAUGGCGUUCCUGGAGGAAGGGCUGAAGCUGUACUUCCCAGAGCUGCACAUGGUGUUUCUGGAGAGCCUGCGGGAGAUCAUACUGGUGGCGGUCCAGCACGUGGACUACAGCCUGCGCUGCGAGCAGGAGAGCGAGAAGAAGGCCUUCAUCCUGCAGAACGCUUCCUUCCUGCACGAGACGGUGCUUCCCGUUGUGGAGAGGAGGUUUGAGGAGGGAGUGGGGAAACCAGCCAAACAGCUCCAGGAUCUGAGGAAGAGCUCUCGGACUGUCAGAGUCAAUCCCGACAGCACCAUGUCCGUUGUUUAAAGGGGAAUCAAUGAGACUGAAGAUGCACUACCAUAGAGGUCUCAAUGCAUUUCAUGAAGAACUCUCAUAUGACUCGUUGCUGGUGUCGUGAUGCACUCCUAACUCUCACUGAAAAUACGAAUUCUGUCAUUAUUUACUUGCUUUUGAGUCAAA